GACUAGUGAGUUUCCUUUCUCGCGCUAACGCGCUAAACCUUGUCGAGAAAAAUCAAUAACGCGCCCUAUAGCAGACCGAGCUAUACAGAGAAUUCAGUUGCUUGGUUCGUUUAUUAAGAUGAGCCUCGCGAUGAGAAAGUAGUAGGUGUUGUUUACGGCGAGAGCCGCUGGAUUGAAGAAAAUGCCACGCUAAUUAUCUACCAUGAGAAAUCAAGCCGAAUGGAUCCUUGAGUCAGAGCGGCCCGUCGCGAAAGAAAAUGGAUCAGCAAGGCGACUGCAGGAAAAACGCGAGGAGCUCGGUGAUCUUUCGCUUCCAGCACGACUACAAGUUGGACGACGGAGCACACGCGCCAACGAAAGAGGCUCCAGGCGCGAGCAGCGAGACGAGCGAGCAGUCGACCGUACGCAUAGCGGUCUACCUCAUGUCCGAGAUAUGCCUGACGAUGGACGUGGAGCGGAACGCGACGGCCCAGCAAAUCGUAAGCGCCAUCCAGUCGGAGCCGGAGCUCGCGCUGUCGAGGGCGGCGGCCCCGUGUAGUCAGCCCGUGUUCGCGAUCUGGCUGUGCUCGCCGCAACUGGAGGUGCAGCUGGGUCCGAGCCACAAGCCCUUGGAGCUGGCGAAAAAGUGGACUCGGCUGAUCGGCAAGUACGGCUCGCAGAGCUACACCAGCAGGAGCGACGAGGAGCCGGUGCUGUUUUUCCGCAAGAACGUGUUCCUGCCGAGGAAGGACGAGGAGCAGAUCAAGGAGCCGAAAAUCAUCGAGCUGCUGUACAGCGAGGCCAAGAAGAACGUGCUCGACGGACGAUACCCGUGCGAGAGCCAAGCGCGCUGCGCGAGCCUGGGAGCGCUGCAGGCUCGCAUCGAGCUCGGGGCUUACAACGUGCAGGCGCACACGCUCGCCUUCUUUCGCAAGCACCGCGGCCGCUUCCUGCCGCACCACUACAAUUCGCCGUCGCUCCUGUUCGGCCUGGGCUUCGGCCUCGGCCUGGUCGGCGGCAAAGGCGCGCCCGAGGCGCGACUGCUCGAGCAGUACAAACGCAUACCCAGCCACUCGACCGCCAACGCCAACCCGCGCAAACUCAUGAAGAAGUACUUGGAAUUCUGCUGGGGCUUGCCGUGCUACGGCGCGGCCUUCUUUCACGGCCAGAUCGAGAAACCGGUGAGGGGACUCGCCUCUUGGAUUACCAAUUGCGACCUGCCCGUUCUCAUUGCCAUCAAUACCGUUGGAGUUCACAUUGUCGACAAUUCGCAAUGCAGUUUAUUACUAGGACUGAAGUAUUCCGAGCUUAAUUGGGAGAUGGCGAAACCGUCUGAUGAAAACAAUCCGGAUUGUUUGCCUUGUUUAUUCCUUCAAUUCCCUGUACGAGAGAAUGGUGCUCGUGUAUAUAAAAUUCUACAAGUAUUCUCGAGACAAGCGAUAAUGAUGGAUACUCUGAUAUCAGGGUUUGCCGAGAAUAGCAGGCAGUCUGAGGCUGUCAACGAAAAUACAAACUGUAAUUACAGAACACAAGACAGUUUCAUGCUAUCGAACGCUGGCGCCUUUACGAACAAACUUAGCAAAUUGACACUUGCAACAUUUGAUGACGAAGGUCUUUGCAUAGGUCAAAUGGGUUCUUGGUCAUUCCAAUAAGUUCAUUUGAAAAAUGCGCUGUAUAGAGUAGGUCAUUUUUUUAUAAUGUAGCAGUGAAAGCUUUAGGAAAAAAAUUCUAAAUUUUUGUAUAAAAAUCAAAACAAAUCUGUACAUACUUUGAUUAGACUUAGAAAAAGAAAUUGG